AGGCCGCGCAAGGGCCCUGUAGCUGCCAGUGCCGCUGUCAUGGCGUCCGAGGCGCUGUCUGAAGAGAACCCGCGGCGGUCUAUUUAGAGCGAGGGGCUGGCGGCUGGUUAUGGAGAGCAGCCCCGAGAGCUUGCAGCCGCUACAACACGAGGUGGCCGCUGGGCCAGCGCCAGGGACAGGUUCUCCGCAGGAAGGGCGACAGGGGACCGGGCUCGCUGCUGGGGAUGGUCCUGGAGUAUGGGCGGCGGAGAGCAGCGGCGGGAAUGGGCAGGGGGCGGCGGCCGCCGGGAGGAGCCUCUCGGACUCGGUUUCCCCCUCCGGCUCUCUUCAGGUUCUCGCACCCUGCAGCUCCUUCCCGGGCUUGGACUUGAAGGAGAACGAUUUGGAGAGUCUUGCUGCCCAGAAGGCGCCUCUGAGAGGGCAGCACAAGGUGACCGCCUCCCCGGAGGCAGCCGAGGCCGAAGCCGGCCAUGGGUUGGGUCCGGCCGGAGACGCGAUCGCCCGCCCGGAUCCCGCCGGCACCUGCCGGGCAGAGUCGGCAGCCGCGGGCUCCGAGGAGCCCAGCAGCGGCGGCGGCCUCAGCAGCAGUUGCAGCGACCCGAGCCCUCCUGGGGAAUCGCCGAGCCUGGACUCCCUGGAGUCGUUCUCUAACCUGCAUUCUUUUCCCAGUAGCUCCGAGUUCAAUAGUGAGGAAGGCGCGGAGAACAGGGUCCCCGAGGAAGAGGAGGGCGCGGCGGUGCCGCCCGGGGCUGUGCCUCUGUGCGUGGAGGAGGAGGAGGAGGAGGAGGGGGAGGCGGCUCAGGUGCUGGCGGCCUCCAAGGAACGUUUCCCGGGACAGUCUGUCUAUCACAUUAAGUGGAUCCAGUGGAAGGAGGAGAACACACCCAUCAUCACCCAAAAUGAGAACGGCCCCUGCCCUUUGCUGGCCAUCCUCAAUGUUUUGCUUCUGGCCUGGAAGGUGAAACUUCCACCGAUGAUGGAAAUCAUAACUGCUGAACAACUGAUGGAAUAUUUAGGAGAUUACAUGCUUGAUACAAAGCCAAAAGAAAUUUCAGAAAUUCAACGUUUAAACUAUGAGCAGAAUAUGAGUGAUGCUAUGGCAGUAUUGCACAAACUACAGACAGGCUUGGAUGUAAAUGUAAAAUUCACUGGUGUUCGAGUGUUUGAAUAUACACCAGAAUGCAUAGUAUUUGAUCUUCUUGAUAUUCCUUUGUACCAUGGGUGGUUAGUGGACCCUCAGGAGGAUUCUGAUGCUGAGAAAGAAAAAAGAACAAGGAAAGUGAAUAAACUGAUUGACUGUUACUCCUUGGAUCCAUGGGAACUGUCACAAAGAGUAAAGAUUGAUGACAUUGUAAAAGCUGUUGGUAACUGCAGCUACAACCAACUAGUGGAGAAGAUCAUCUCUUGUAAGCAGUCAGACAAUAGUGAGCUGGUUAGUGAAGGCUUUGUAGCUGAGCAGUUUCUAAAUAACACAGCCACUCAACUGACAUACCAUGGAUUAUGUGAACUAACUUCAACAGUUCAGGAAGGAGAACUUUGUGUGUUCUUUCGGAAUAAUCAUUUUAGCACCAUGACCAAAUACAAGGGUCUACUGUAUUUGUUGGUAACAGACCAGGGGUUUCUCACGGAAGAAAAAGUUGUUUGGGAAAGCCUACACAAUGUCGAUGGUGAUGGAAAUUUCUGUGACUCAGAAUUUCAUCUGCGGCCUCCUUCAGAUCCUGAAACUGUAUACAGAGGACAACAAGAUCAGAUAGAUCAGGACUACCUUAUGGCAUUAUCUCUCCAACAAGAACAGCAGAGCCAUGAGCUCAACUGGGAACAAAUACCUGAAGGAAUCAGUGAUUUGGAACUAGCAAAGAAACUCCAAGAAGAGGAGGAUAGACGGGCUUCUCAGUAUUACCAGGAACAGGAACAAGCAGCAGCAGCUGCUGCUUCUGCUUCUGCUUCUACGCAGGCCCAGCAAAGCCAGCCUGCACAAGCCUCCCCAUCAAGUGGAAGACAAUCUGGGAAUAGUGAACGUAAACGAAAGGAGCCUCGAGAAAAAGAUAAAGAAAAAGAAAAGGAAAAAAAUAGCUGUGUCAUUUUGUAAGAAGUGUUGGAUUCUUUCGGAGUCAUCUAUAUGUCUUCAGAAACAAAACCACAGGAGGAAAGGAAGAAAAACCGAUAAAUACCGUCUGUGCCUGAUUUCCCAAUGGAUUUUGUUCAUGUUUUUCAGGGGAAAGGUUGUUACUUAGUUACAAUCAGACUUUUUCAAGUCACACAGUACACUCUUUAUGAGCUGGAGUUUCAUGUUACAAGUUGGAAAUGCUGUGUGUUGUCAUUCAUGAAAAAUACUGCACUUGUAGCCAAAUAAGCAAAUCACAGCAAAUUUUGUGUCAUAGUGACAUUCAUAAUUCAUAUCAGUUAGUAAGCUAUUUCAUAUUCUGUUCUAACAAUGAAUAGAGGUAAUUGAUUUUGUCUGAUUCCUUCCUCAAAUCUAAAUAUUAGCACAAUAGUUUCUGAAAUUAAUUUUUACAAUGUUAAAUUAUGAUCUAAUCCAUGAGAAACCAGGGGUUUAAUAUAGAGAUUUAAAAAGAAAAAAAAGACAAAAAAUAACAAGAAUAAAUAAUCCUUAAUUGUAUAUUGGACUAGUUCAGCCCUUGAACAGCUUUACCUUUCUUUAGGAAUGUACAUUUUAGAUAUAUCUUGAGAACUGAUAAUGGAGCUUGGAUUUAAUUUAGAUAGAAAAAAAAUCAAUAUUUGUAUUUCUUUUCAAUAGCAAAAAAAUUUACAUAACACUAAUAUCUUAUCAAAAUCAGACCUUAAUAACUUUAUAGUGUUGUAAAAUUUUGAGGAAUUUUGAAACCUUUAAUAUAGGUUACUUGGACCACAGUUACUAUUUAUUGACAGUGUGACAAGUGAGUAUUAGGAGGAAACCACAGUGGAUGCUAGGCCUUGUAAAUAUAGGGAUGUAGAAAAGGAGAUAGUUCAGUGUCUACCUUUUUCUAGAAUUACCUUUAACCUUAAAAUUUAAAUCAUGUUUAUUUGCUAGAAAAUUAAGUAUACUUAUUAAAACCAAGAAAAAAGCACAUUUCUGAAAAGAUGUUGGAGUUAAUCUCUGAGUCUAGUGGAGAAGCAUUAGUAAAAUCUAUUUGAGGAUAGAUACGAAUUUGGAGGAAUUUAUGUAAAAGCAAUCAGAUUUUUUUAACUUAUGAGAACCAAAUAAACCUAUAACAUCUUGUAGUGUUUAUAGGAUUCAGAAAGAAUAUUUAUUGAACUUUAUUAUGAGGUAACACAUAUUUUCCUGUAUUUCUCUAGUUUGGAAAACUAUCCUUAAUAGUCCUUUUUAUAUGCUUUAUAUUUAAAAGUUUGUUUUAGUCAUUUUUGAAAAGACUAUUCCUGCUGCAGGUAGUUACAUGAUUUACAUUCUAAGCCUCAGUAAAUUUAAGAGCAUCUUAAUCUAACCUGAGCAUCCACUUGGAGAAUGUUUUUUGUGGUCUGGGGUGACAAAAGACUACGAAAAAUGUGGUCUAGAUUUCUUAAGUUAUGUCCUUAACAUUCUCCGUGAUCCAAGACCAGUUAUAGGAUAAAUCUAUAUGUAAAAAGUAAAGUCUUAUUUAUGGAAGAAAUGAUUCUAAGGGAAAUAUCCAGGGUCAAAAUGUAUCUUUUAUGUCCUUCUGUAUUGCAUGUCUAUUUAUGUUAUACCAUUUGUUAUUCCUUCAAAUUUCCUAUGCUAGCAUGAUUAAUCAUCAGAGAACCUGUUUUGGGUAUAAAACUUUCAUACAAAAUA